AAGAGUAUGGAUCCUUGCAGUCACGAAAGCUUUACAUCUAGAAUGUUGUGUUCAGUUUGGUCAACCAUCACAGAUAUAUUUUAAAUGUUCCUGCUUGUUAAAACCUUGACAAUUUUAAACAUUCUUUUUGCAUUCAGUUACAUAGUUUUCAGAGAUUUAGGGGGGGGUGGUCACAUCUCUCUACAGAUGUGUACUUUACAACACAUCCAGCUAUUUAGUUGCACUUUUGAAAGCAAUUUAAAUCGGAAACUUACAUUUGACACAUGCAUCGCCUCCAGAGUUCUGUGCAGAUCAAUGUAUAAUAGUCAGUCAUGUGUUGCAGUUAGAGAAUUGGGGGGGGGGGCAGUUGCCUGGUCAAUAAUUGGACAAAGGGGCCUCCUGGUGUGGAACAUUUUAGAGCUGUUUGUUUGUCUUUUGUGCAUUGAAGACAUGUUGAUUGAACUAUGCAGUGGAAUGGUCACGCUAACCGAGCCCACAGGACACAUUGGCCAAGGGCCAUAAAAAAUGAUUGUUAUGGGAAAUCCGCUCGUGAUCCAUUUCUCCCGAAGCCUCUGAUGGCGGCAUAACCAUGCUCCGUCCUUUGCUUUCGGGUGGACAUUUCAAGCUCUGUAAUAACGUCGUUACAAAAUAUCUGUAAAUUAAUACGUUCUGAUAAGACAAGUAAAGUUAUUGUCACAUGGAAUCACGGUUAAUUAUGUUACAUCCAGAUCCUGUGUGUAGGUAUUUGAAAUGUGUACCUGUUUUUACAAAGGCUAUGGCAGAAAGCCCCAAAGUAAGCAGAACCUGACAUCUAAUGGCUUUGUGAACCACGAUUGCUUCUGUCCUCUUUUAAUUCCGUGCUAGACAGAAAGUUCCUGUUUCCCCCCCCCCUGCCCUCCUUGCAACAGAAUGAUUUGUGAACACCGUAUUGAGUGCCCUAUUCUGUGCUCAAAACUGGGUCACACCCUAUCCGAUAUAAUUUGUCAGCACGCAUGGGGGAAUUGUGAGCAGGGCAAAGGGUUAAGGGAGAGUUGGCUGCGGGCUAGCGGAAAUUGCGUCACCGAAAACGAGCCGGCCCUUUUUGGCUGGAUUAUAAACAGCAGGACGAGCCGAGCCGUCCCGGGCACACGAGCGCAACGAGCGGCAAACCCCGCCCGUCCGUGCACACGCACACACACACGCGCUCUCUCUCUCUCGGGCAGGGGCGCGGCAACGCUGCGAGCCUUUAGGCGGCGGCGGCGGCGCUCGCCGAUUUCUCGCGGGGAAUCGAGUGCUUCGCCCACCGCCUCAUUGCCGGAGACUGGCGUCGUUCGUCUGUUCGGUCCCGUCACGCGACGGACGGCUGGCCGACAGGGGGCCUUCCCUGGUCUAUGCUAAAAAAAAGGGGCUUUUUUUUUUUUUCCCUUCCCCCGAUCGUCGAUUAGUUAAGCCGCGCGGAGACGCUCGUUUAGGCGUAAGCUCGAGCUCUCGAGCGAGGCGCUCCGCCCCCCACGAGCGAGCGAGGCCCUCCGCCUGAGGCCAUCAGUCGACCCGUCGGAUCACGCGUUGCCUCAGCGACGCCCACCUCGCGAAGGUGCCUCCUAGGCGGCGUCUCGCCCCCCGCGGAGGUUUGCGCGGCGGCGGUGGCGGAUGAUGAAAUGCCGGCGGUGCAUCCACGAGUCUCGCUGCUACGACCUUCACCGGGUGCAGCGGCCGCCUGCGGCCUUCAAACCCCUGGGCUUGGCCCGCUCGCCGACAGCGCAUGGUAAUUUGGGCAGGUCGGAUGCCGACGACGGUGCCUGUGCACCGCCCAGCUGUCCGUCCAAACGCAAGCAGCGCAAGUUCAGGUUCGGCUUGCCGUCGCUCUCUGUGAAAGGCCCCUUGCGUAGGCUGGGCAGGCUGCCCUGGUUGGCGCUGCAGCCGUGGCGCCUGCUGUUGCCGGGCGUUGGCAGGCCCGCUUGGCGCCUGUCCAGCAGGGUGGCCGUGUACAAGUCCGUGCCGACGCGCAUGCUGUCGCGCGCCUGGGGGCGCCUCAAUCAGCUGGAGCUGCCAGGCUGGCUCCGCCGGCCUAUCUACACGCUUUACAUCCGCGCCUUCAGCGUUGACAUGACGGAGGCGGCCGUCGAGGACCUGCAGCACUACCGCAACCUGGGAGAGUUCUUCCGGCGACAGCUCAAGCCCAGCGUCCGACCCGUGUGCACCAAAUGCAUGGUGAGCCCUGCAGAUGGCAAAAUCCUGCACUUUGGCCGGGUGAGGAACAAUGAGGUGGAGCAGGUGAAGGGAGUCACCUACUCACUGGAGAGUUUCCUGGGACCGCAGGGCAGGACGCCCAGCAAGGAGCCCGUGCAAAGCACUGUGCUCCAGGAUCAGCUGGUAAGCCGACCAGGCAAUGCCCUGUACCACUGCGUGAUCUACCUGGCGCCCGGGGACUAUCACCGUUUCCACUCGCCUACUGACUGGACCGUGCACCACCGGAGGCACUUCCCAGGGACACUCAUGUCCGUGAGUCCUGGAGUGGCACGCUGGAUCAAGGAGCUGUUCUGCCACAAUGAGCGUGUGGUGCUCACUGGGGAAUGGCAGCACGGCUUCUUCUCUUUCACUGCGGUCGGCGCCACAAAUGUGGGCUCCAUCAAAAUCUACUUCGACAAGGAGCUGCACACGAACAGCCCCCGCUACAUGAAGGGCAGCUACCAUGACUUCAGCUAUGUUAUGGAGCCCAGCCGUAGCGGCAUCCCACUCCGGAAAGGAGAGCACCUGGGUGAAUUCAAUCUGGGCUCUACCGUCGUACUCAUCUUUGAAGCUCCAGCGGACUUCAGCUUCAACCUCAACGCUGGACAAAAAAUUCGUUUUGGCGAGGCCCUCGGAACAUCCUAGAUACCCCAGUGGUCACUACAAAAUAAUUAUUACGGUACAAUAUGUUGCGUGUAAUUUAAAGAAAAGAACGUCAUCCGUCCGAUCUUCAAAUUUUAAACGUGUUCUCAAAAAGCUUCACUGAUGGUCAUCCAUCAUUGUUGCAGUUUUUUGUGAGCACAAGGAAAUGGGGCAUGGGUUGGUACAUGUUGUACUUUUUUUACGCAAGUAAUUUAAAGAGAUUGAUUUAUUAGACAGUCAGAAAAUGGGAACGAUGUCAAUCCGUUGGUGUAGAUAUUCCAUAUAAACAGGGAUAAGGUGGCAUUAAAUAUUUGUCACAUGCUGAUUUUUGGCUCUGAUGCAGAAUCCUCUCCACUAUUGUAUAAUCACCUCUUGCCAUAUUAAUUCACAUUUGGAUACCACAAUGCCUCUUGCUGAAACAAUCUCCCAAAUUCUAUGAAGUCCUGUAAUCCUAUAAAGUUACAUUCUUCUGAGUACAUUAUCAGAAAUGCAUUUCCUGAGUGUGGUUAUUUUCAUGUAACCACUUUCAGUGUUCGUUGCAAAUCAGUGUUGUAUGCAGACACAUGCAAACCUACCGGAUUGAUUGAUAUUUGCACUGGAUGUUUGCAAUUAAUGUAAUUUGUUUUGUAAAGUUGACCACAGGCUUUGUAGAGACUCAUUACAGUGAACUCUCUAAAUAGACACGUGAUUUUCCUUUGUUUUGAUCAUUUGGUCUUGCUGAAAAAACCCUGACAAUGUAAUAUGUUGUCUUGCAGCAGCAUACAUAAAAUGAGUGGGCCCCAUGCUUAAAAGAUCACAAACACCUAUGUAGCAUUAAGAAAAAAUAAGUGGCCUUAAAAUAAAAUAUAUAUAUAGGUGACGUAUUGGGCAAUGGUGCCCCUUGCCCAAUUAGAGACGCCAGAGAGACAGAGUGGAUAAUAAGAGUUGGAGACUGCACUUUGCUGAUGACCAGUUUUAAAAUUAGAAUAUGAAUAAAUCUUGACUUAAAGCUUUCGUGACUGCAGGAAUUAAUAUUCUUGGGUCUUUGGUAAAGUCACCUAUCUACGUGACUUUACCGAAAGACCCAAGAAUAGAAAAUGAAUAGUUACCUAAUAGUAGCUAUUGAAUAUCAGACAAACCCUUCAGUAAUCAGAAAGUAUUACUGGUUAAAUAUAACUUUGUAUUGAACCCGAAUCAACGGUCAUGACAAUAGAGGACACAUGAAAGUCGUACGAGCGAGGUUUGCGCGUCCCUCUGGGUGGUCCUUUUCUCCCCAAAUGGGCUAGUUAACGUUUUCCUGUUUUUCUGAGACGUCUGCAAGUUGCAGAGUGUGGGUGUCCCCUUCACCACUGAACCUCUGAACGUGCAAGCGGCACGACGUUAAUUUGUAUCUAGAGAGGCAUAGCGCUGUUCGUUUGUAAAGACAUUGUAUUCACCGCAGAGAACCUUAGCGACACGAUUGCAGUCUUCAUAGCCGGGUGUCAAACUGCGCCACACACCCUUCCCGCAUAGCCUUGUGGGUAGCCUCGGUACGUCUUCCAGCCUGAAGACAUCAACAAAAUUACUUUAUUUUUUAUUCCGAUUCCGUGCCCACGAAGGCCGGCACCGUGCCACUUUCAAUGUAAAUUAGUAAAUUUACUAACACUUUUAGAUUAAAUGAGGCAUUUUGUUUUUUACUCAAUAGCUACAAUUACGUGUCAUAUGCAAAAAAAAUGUAACUUAAUCGGAAAAUAUUUUUUACGUAUCAUUCUCAUAAACGCUCCAUGGUGUAAAGGGCAGUCUCCAGCUCUUAUGACCCACUCUGUCUCUGGCCUCCCUAAGUGCUAUGCGGAAGGGCCAUUACCCGAAACAUAGCCUAUUGUAUAUUUAUAAGGGCACUUAUUGACAAAUGUGUUGAGUUUGUUAAUUGCGUUUUUGCACCACUGCCAACGCAGCAUCACGGCAUCUAUUUAAUUACGUAGUGUUAACAGGUUAUGUUUGUGAUAGUUUAAAUGCUACUCCUAAGCAGGGAUUAAUAUAAGCUUUCAGUUGUGCACUGCAGGUGAUGUGUGCAAAUGUAAACAAUUGUUAAAAGACUGUUUUGAUCAGAAUCAUGAUGAACCAGGGUGAUGUAAAGCAUUUUGAUUGACCAUUUCUGUUUAUUUUUCUUUCGUUAGCUGUGAUGUAACUACUACCUGUCCCUCGUUUGGCCAUCCAACGCCACCAUUAGGGCACAUGGAAACACCCUAAAACGAACACAUUUAGCCACCUUUGGGAUGAUAUAUUUCACGUGUCUUCGGCAUUGACCAUAAGCAUUGCAUUUUGCGAGGGAUUAACAUUACACACAGCUACUACCAGUCAAGGGAUAUUCACUGUAAUGACAGAUUACUGAGAUUCACUUCUCUUUUAAAAGCAUGCAGAGGUGCACGUGUUGACAUACCCUGAGCACCACUGCACCGAACCAGGUAGGAAAAGCCGGAACAUGUUGUGUCUACCGUUUCAAGUUAAAUCUUUGUAAAUCGUGUUUAUUGUGCACCGCGUAUCCAAGUCAGUGUAGGCAUGCCGCUCGCUGUAACGGCCAGCACCAAUCUGCAACGAGGCUAAGGCGCAGUGUCACAGGUUUUUGCAAUUGUCUCAAUGUUACACAGUGAAGACGUAAGAAGGUGAGCAACAGGGCAGUCGCCCAUCAGUUCAGCCCUCUCCCUGUUGGCUGGAUGGAGUCAUUCUCAGCGGGUUUGACUUGCAAUGUCACAGAUGCCCAGGCAGUGCAUGCACCUUUCCUUUGCCUGUGUGGUAGCACACGCCUGAACGCAAGCAGCAUAAGAAAGGCAGUUGGUGGAUUGCGCUAAGAUCAUUAUGUCACAUGGUCGGGUUGGCUCAGGUCAUUGCAGAGAUAUUAGGUUAAAAUUUGGGCCAGCCACUUGUGAUUAAAACAGAUUUCUCAAGGACAGGCCAGUUCAUGGUCUCAACCUGGCCACCAGCGAGUGGAGAUAAAAUAUACAUAAUGUAUAUAUUGGUUUUCACUUAAUUUGGCUGAAUUCCAGGUCUGAGAAUGUAAAUAUUGGUUUCGGCGUCAUGCAACUAUCUCAUUGCGUAGUGUAUGGGGAAAAUACUGUGCAAAAUAUGCAAAAAGGGUCACUGGAGUUCUGCGACAACUAUCUUCAGCAGCGAUUCUCUAACGCGUCCGAGUACUGUUCUGCGAGAUAUGCAAAUGCAUUCACGUGCCAUUCCGAUAGCACAAUUGAGAAUGAGAACAAAAGACCAAUAGACUAAUUUCCCAAAACAAAAGGGAUCGUGUAUGCCAUAGACCCACGUUAUACAGGCGAUCCUGUGGAAGACCGUAAAGCCAUUAUGUUGCUGACGUAACUGCAGAGGAUUUGAAUGUUGUCUUCACUCGUCAUCGGAGGUGGUUGAUGUCCGAUACACUAUUUCCACAAAACACAAACUGAUUCUUGCACAUGUAUAAUGCUUUGUUUCCCUUGUUAUAAUACAGCUUUCAUAAGUUGAAGAAUUUUGAUUUUUUUUUAUAUACGUGUACGCCUCCAAUCGCUCAACGGCAAUUUCGGGCUUUGGUUCGGUAAAACUCCACCGUACAAUCUACUUUAUUGUUGCUUGUUCGAUGUUGUAAAAUUUGUUUAUGUAAAAGCACGGCUGAAUGCGCUACUUUGCGUCCGUUCAAACCUAAUAACUGAACCUGGCGGCAUCAGUCUAUCAUCCCUCCAGUCCGGGUGUUCCAGGCAACCCUGGCCCGCGUGCGUGUGCUGCAUUGCGGUUAAUCCAAGCCGAUACGCGAGGAGGAUCGCAUUUGAACAGUUGGUCGAUUCAUUUGAAAGUGGAGCUGGAACGUCCGGAUGGACUGAAUGGUGCCAUGCGUUCUGUGACCCCCUUCUGGUGUUGUCAAAAUUGGGGCAGGAGGCCGUCUCACGCGACUGUCAUCUGCCUGACCAAAAUGUAAUGCAGUAGAUUCUCAUGCCUUUUUUCAUAUUUUAGAAAAGGAUGUAUACGACUUUUGAGCGGAGUUCGGCAAAUAACCGAGCCGUGUAUUGGUGAGCUGAGCUUUGGUGCCUUGCAAGUGUUGGAUUACUGUUAACUGCACAGGACAGUAAAUUACAGCUGUCAAACUUGGUUGAAUUCCACGCAGGUGGUGCUCUCACUCUGGGCUUUACAGGACUCCAGAGUGUGCUGGUGUUCUGAACCACAAUGCUGUAAUUACGAAUCCAAUGUAUCAUUAGUGGACGACACAUUUUCUACUUUACUGCAGCCUGUGUCAGACUUGGUUCAUUCAUUCUGUCGCUCCAAUGUCAAAAAUUGCCUGAAAUGUGGCCAUGUACCUAUGGGUUACGUGAAGAGACUGCCGUGCUGUGAGAUUCCAGGCUGGACAUUGCCUUCACCAAGCACUGGCCGUACUUGGCCAGCUCUGCGCAGUGUUUUUUUAAAAUGUUCGUACUUGGACCCCAGUUGUUGUGGGCAGGCUUUUACCAUCUGCCCAGUGACAUUGUUGACAAGCCCCCUCCAUAGAGACGGGUUAUAAUCAUGGUGGUUACCGGCCAAUGCCAGGGGUUUUUUUGUCGUUGACACUGCCAUCCACUGGUAGUUAUUCAAACUAUUGGCGUCAAGUUAACGCUCCUUCACAACAUUGGCCAAUAACCCUCCGGCCUCUGCUGCUUUUGAUGCAUUCGCUUUAUCCAGCUAAAAUGGCUGUGUGGACACCGAGUAAUUCAACUGCAACUUCGUGGUUUUCCAUAACCUUUGUUUAAAAUACUAAUUGGAUGAACUCAUGAUUUGAGCAUAGGCAGGUUACAGAGCAGGUGCUAAGAGGACCAAUGUUGAAUACAAACGUUACGCGAUUCUGUAUUCUGUAAAGCCGAGAGUACAUGCAGCACCUGUUUUCAGUGGAACUAUGCACUGUUUAAGGUGUGUGUAUGUAUGUUAAACUCUGCAACAUAGGGUUGCAUGCAGUCGUGUAAAAGAGUGUACAGUACAUAUAAUAAAUAUCUAACCUAA